UAUUACAACCCCAAAUGCGCUUUCAUUGAAUAAUAUUGUCACUGUCAAAAUUGAAAUUGAAAUUGAAAUUGAAAACAGCACGUGAAAAACGCAGAAACUCAAAUCAAAUUUCAUUUUCUGGUGCACCACUCUCUCAACUCAAUCAAUCCCAAGGUGAUGAUAAUUGUGGUUCUCUCUGGUAAAGCUUUAAGUUGUUAAAUACUUAGAAAGCGCUUGUGUGAUUUUCAUGGAACGCGCUUUUGGUUCUGAUCCCAUGUCGUCUGGUAAUAUAAACAAGUCUGCGGUUUUGACUGUCAAGCCAUUAAGAUGCCUUGCCCCAAUCUUCCCGUCUCAACCUGAUCCGUCUGCACCGCCGUCUCAUCAGUAUGCAUCUAUUCCUCCGAUGGGUCCGUUUCCACCUGGCGCCACACCGUUCUUCCCGUUCUUCGCCGCAAAUGAUCCCCAAAGGCCAGCUCAGCAAAGGGCUUUCCCGAUCCCGUCACCGGUUCCUUUGAAUUCGUUUAAAACACCUGUUUCGGGAAACGGUGACAUAGGGACGUCGAGACGGGGGUCCAGGAACCAUACAGUUGUAGACGAGGACGGAAACAGUGUAAGUGACGGUUAUGACGACGGUUUCGAAAGAAACAUGGAAACCGGAAGUGAAGUCAACGACAAAUCACGGGUCACCCGUAGGAAAGUCAGGAGCAAAAGCGGAAUUCCCGUUUCCAGUGUCGACGUUGCGAUCGAGUCAGUAGCUGAGAACAUGUUGAAAUCAUUCAAUCUUGUGGAAAUAGAUACUUUCCGUCAAGCUAACAGUGACAAAGAACUGGUUGACCGUGUACUCAUUGUUUUCAACUUACUCAGGAGAAAAAUCACACAACUUGAAGAGAGAAACGCCGUUCCAGGUGUAGCCAAACGCCCCGACUUACGUGCAGGUACUAUCUGUAUGAGUAAAGCCGUCCGCGCGAAUACCAAGAAAAGGAUCGGAUCGGUGCCAGGUGUCGAGAUCGGUGAUAUUUUCUUUUUCCGUAUGGAGUUAUGUUUGGCCGGAGUGCAUGCUCCGAGUAUGGCUGGAAUCGAUUAUAUGGGAGUUAAGGUUUCUGGUGAAGACGAUUCAUUGGCGGUCAGUAUCGUUUCUUCCGGUGGAUACGAAGACGAAGGCGAUGAUGGUGAGGUGCUAAUCUACAGUGGUCAAGGUGGUGUUCAAAGGAAAGAUAAACAAUCAAUGGAUCAACAACUAGUAAGGGGUAAUCUCGCUCUUGAAAAAAGCUUACACAAGUCUAACGAGGUAAGAGUUAUUCGCGGUCUUAAAGAUUUCGCAAGUCCGACCGGUAAAGUGUAUGUAUACGAUGGAUUAUACAAAAUACACGAGUCGUGGAUCGAAAAAGGGAAAUCCGGUUGCAACAUUUUCAAGUACAAAUUUGUGCGAGUUGCUGGACAACCUGAAGCGUUUACUCUGUGGAAAUCAAUCCAGCAAUGGAAAGACGGUGUUACUACGCGUCCCGGUAUUAUUCUACCCGAUCUUACCUCUGGAGCCGAAAGUUUACCCGUUUGUCUUGUAAACGAUGUGGACGGUGAAAAGGGCCCACCUUAUUUUAGCUACACACCGACUCUUAAGUACACAAAGCCGUUUCCGUCAAUGAAACCAUCUGUGUUAAACUGCGAUUGCUGUACGGGUGGAUGCCAAUCAAACACUGGAUGUCCUUGUGUUCAAAAAAACGAAGGCCAAAUUCCAUAUACCUCACUUGGUGUUCUUCAGAGUCAUAACACAUUGAUUCACGAGUGUGGUAAUAUGUGUAUAUGUCCUGUUAAUUGCAGGAACCGAAUUUCACAAGCGGGGUUGAAAAUGCGUCUAGAGGUGUUUAAAACAAAGGAUAAAGGUUGGGGACUUAGAUCAUGGGACCCGAUUCGUUCGGGUUCGUUUAUAUGUGAAUAUGCAGGGGCUGUCAUAUCCGAAAAGGGUAUUGAUUCUGAGGAUAAUUAUAUUUUCGAUGCUACUCGCGCGUUUGAGCCGUUGGAACCUGAACCUAGUGAUGAACCGGUUAAAUUUCCGUUUCCUUUAAUUAUUAGUGCCAGGAAUGAGGGAAAUGUGGCCAGGUUUAUGAACCAUAGUUGCUCACCGAAUGUGUAUUGGCAGCCGAUUAUUCGUGAAAAUCAAGAUGAGUCGUAUUUUCAUGUUGGGUUUUUUGCAAUCAAGCAUAUUCCUCCUAUGCAGGAGUUAACGUUUGACUAUGGAAUGCUACUGGCUGGCAAAGCGGGCCCACGGAAGAAAAAGUGUUUGUGUGGAUCAUUGAAAUGCAAAGGCGUUUUCUACUAGCGGUUUACGUAAUGUUUGCAAGGAUGGUUCAUGUCAAAUGGCACAUCCUAAGCAGAAGAAUUUGUAGCUUGUAGGAAAAAUGGAAUGAAGAAGUUGUUUGGUUAGAGACUAUGGUAUGGAUGCAUUAGGAGGAGUUAAUGCAGUAUUAUUAUUAAGUACUUCAACUUUUGUAUGGAAAUUCUAUUUAUGUUAGGUAACUAUGUAGUAGUGUUUUCUUAUUUGUGAUGUUAUAUGCCUACUGUAUCUAGAUGGUACUUUUGGAAAACCUUGAAAGAUCUGUAUCCCGGAUGAAUUUAAAAUCCAAAAGCUGGCUGGCAUGGGAGACCUUUUGAUA